AUGCUUCGCCAACUUGCUUCUCUCUUGCAGCUCGCCGCAAUCACGUCCGCUCAUCCCGGCGGAUUGCCAGAUCUUAGCAUUGCUACACGAGCCGUCUCUACAGAUGGACGAUGCGGGACAGGCUUCGGCACUGUCUGCGCGGAUGAUGAAUGCUGCUCAAGCGCAGGCUGGUGCGGAGUUGGGUAUCUAUACUGCUCGGCGCCUGCCUGCCAGAUUGAGUAUGGCCCCCGGUGCGACGCCAAUGUACGGCCCAAAGGGCCGGCAACAGAAUGGGUUGCACGACCGCACAUUGGCAACGUUCCUUACGGUGAAGCCAUCUAUGGCUGUGAAAGAGACGGUGUAAUCGCGUUGACCUUUGAUGACGGCCCUUACAUUUACACGGAAGAUCUCCUUAACCUUUUGCAGCGCUACGGUGCAAAGGCGACAUUUUUUGUCACUGGCAUCAACCUCGGCAAGGGCGCCAUCAACGACCCUGCCCAUCCCUGGGGCCGCCUGAUCAAGCGCAUGAUCGCCAGCGGGCACCAGGUGGCCAGCCACACAUGGUCGCACCAGCGGCUGACGACGCUGAGCGAGGCGCACUUCCGCAACCAGGUGUACUUCAACGAGGUGGCGCUGGCGGACCUGCUCGGCUACUUCCCAACCUACAUGCGACCGCCGUACUCGGCGAGCAACGACAAGACGGACCGCUGGCUAGGCGAAAUGGGCUACCACGUCACGUACUUUAACCUCGACACCGAGGGCUACCUGCACGACUCUCCAGACGAGAUACAAGAUUGCAAGGACAUUUGGGACGACGCGGUCGAGAAGCGGGACCCGCGCACGACCAAGUGGUUGCAGAUUGAGCACGACAUCGUCUUCCAGACCGUGUACAACUUUACAGAGUACGCACUGAAGUCACUGUUCCGAAACGGCUUCCGUUCGGUCACCGUUGGAGAGUGUCUGGGAGAUCCAAAGCAGAAUUGGUACAGAAGGGUGUAG